CACCGCCCAGAGAGUACCUGCUUCAUACGGCGCCACGCGCAGUGUCACUCGUUAAAUUCUCUACAUCAGAUCACUGGAAAGCUUGCAAUGAGGAGGAAAAUUGCGCAUCAAGUCAACUUCAUUCUCUUGGUUUACUGCCUUCUCAGUCUGCCCGUAAUUAUGGGCUUUCCCAGAUGGCUCCCUGGUUGUGUGGAGGGUUUUUCAUUGACGCAGGUUCCUGGGUUACAGAAAACUAUGUGUGGAUUAGUGUGGAGAGAUCAAGAAAAGGAUAAAAUUCAAGAUGUAUAUAAGCGAUUCUUGUUUCAUUAUUCAAAAGCCCAAAACUCUUUGCGGUCCAUGCAGCGGGAGUCCCAAUCUGUCCACCCUUUGAUGCGUCUGUACCCCAAACUCUCACAGAAGAGAAGAAAGCAACCUGCUCCUUGGCGGAGCUGAGUUGGCGUGUACAGAUGUGAAGACUCCAGAAGGACUACAGCAUCAGUGUAUAGAACCAUGUACAUAAAAGGAGAAGAACCCCAGCACUUUGUAUUGUACACUACAGAAUGACUUAUGCAUAUGAGGUACACGGAGCUAUAGUGUUGAAUGUCAGGCAGUAACCAUGGUGAUCCUAAAUCGCACCCUCACAUUUGAUUAGUCUAAAUAAAAGCAUGUUGAAAAGUGA